UUGAAUAUACCUACGGAAAAAAGUACCCCAAAUAAGCUUUUAUUGUGUGGCGUCUACCUCCCAUCGCCCAUUCAAAAACAUUUUCUGGAACAUUAUAUCGACAACGCUAAUAGAGUCUUAGAGUCAAACGCAAAAGUUUUAAUUUUGGGAGAUUUUAAUCUGAGUGGUAUUGCCUGGAACGAUACAGAGGUACCGUUUGCUGUAAAUGGCAAUAAUAAUAUGACUAAGACUUCAUUUGAAAGCACUUUACUGGACUUCAUAGCUUUAAAAAAUCUUACUCAAUAUAAUACUACGGUCCUAAACCAUAAAGGCAAAAUUUUAGACCUGGUUCUCUCUAAUCUUAAUAUUCUGUUGAAUGUGACACGAAGUAACUCUGAGCUCAGUUCUGUAGAUGAUUACCAUCCACCGCUGGAAUUUACGCUGCCCUCCGGGUAUUCAGCUAAACUUCUUUCCCGUAAUUAUAAUGAGAGACAUAACUUCUAUAAAGCUGAUUUCGAAAAAAUAUCUAAUUAUUUAAGCUCGAUACCAUGGGAGAGUGACCUGGCUUCGUGCACCUCGGUGGAUGAAAUGAAUAACAAAUUUUACUCAAUACUAAGAAGUUCUAUCUUAAAAUAUGUUCCUAAAAGCAAACCAGCAUCAAAAAAGUUUCCCCCGUGGUAUACCAGGGAUCUUAUUCACCUUUCACGUGAGAAGUAUAAGCUCAGGAUGAGAUACAAAAAGUACAAUAACCCACUCGACGAACUGGCAUUCCGUACAGUUAAAAAACGGUGCUCUGAUUUAACAGAAUCUUGUUAUCUUAAAUAUAUAACUGAUCUCGAAAAGUCCCUAUCAGUAAAUCCAAAAAAGUUUUGGACCUUCCUCAAGAGUAAAAAAGUCAAUAGCAACGCGUAUCCAUCUGCAAUGACAUUCGAUGAUAAAGACGAAACUUGUGGAACUGGUAUUUGUAAUCUUUUUGCUUCGUAUUUUGCCUCGGUUUACCGGCCAAGCUUGCCUCUCUGCAAUGUACCUGAUCUAGAAUACUCAGUCUCUUGCUUCCUUGGAAGUCUCACCCUUAGGCGGGAGGAUGUUCUGAAAACUCUGAAAGGACUAGAUAGGACUAAGGGAGCAGGCCCGGAUGGAAUACCCUCUUUGUUUGUAGUUCAAUGCUGUGAAUCUCUCUCCUUUCCUCUAACAAUAAUAUUUAAUGAGUCUUUAAUGAAUGGCGUAUUUCCCUCGAUCUGGAAGGAGGCAAGAAUUGUUCCAGUUUUUAAGUCGGGAGAUUCAGCAUCCGUGAAGAACUAUAGGGCCAUUUCGAUACUCUCAGUCUUUGGGAAGGCAUUUGAAUCGUUGGUUUGCCCGGUCUUGUCCUAUCACAUAAAGCAUUUAAUUUCUCCUCGCCAAUCAGGUUUUUUAGCAUCUCGCUCAACGGUAACUAAUUUGAUCCCGUUUGUGGAUUUUGUUUCUAACUCCCUUGGUUCCCGUAUUCCUGUAGACACCAUAUACACCGACUUUAGUAAGGCUUUCGAUUCAGUUGAUCAUAAAAUUUUACUGGGUAAACUUUCUCGUUUGGGUGUAUACGGCAGCCUUCUGGAAUGGUUUAAAUCCUAUCUUUAUCAACGCAAGUCGCACGUUGUGGUUAACGGCUACUCAUCGCACUCUUUUCAGCCAACUUCUGGCGUUCCACAAGGUUCGCAUCUGGGUCCAAUCCUCUUUAAUAUAUUUAUUAAUGAUAUCGUGGGUAUCUUUGAUCAUGUUGCUUGUUUCCUUUACGCUGAUGACAUGAAACUGUCUAUGCAGAUCAGAGGUAUUAAUGAUUCAUUAUUAUUACAGGAGGAUUUAGAUCGACUCGCUGGAUGGUGUAGGGAGAACAGGUUAUAUUUAAAUACUGAAAAAUGCGUGAUUAUAUGUUCGAGAUGCAAAACUAACUUGUCGCCGUCCUACAAUAUUGCCGGUCAAAAAUUGCAAGAGGUGGACUCUAUUCGCGAUUUGGGCGUCAUUAUGGAUAAAAAACUACGCUUUCACAAACACAUUGACCAAGUCGCAACAAAAGGUUUACAGAUGCUAGGGUUUGUGCUGCGGAAUGCAAAGGAAUUCAAAAAGCCCUCAACAAAAAUUCUCCUGUAUUUGGCAUUGGUUCGUUCGGGUUUGAAAUAUUGUAGUCAGGUUUGGUCCCCACAUUAUGAGGUCCAUAUUAAGCGAAUCGAGCGAAUACAGAAGAGAUUUUUCUGGCACCUAUCCUACCAAUCUAACAAAGCCAAACUGCUGCCCUCAUAUAAGGAACGUCUUGCCUAUUUUAAAAUGACUAGCCUACAAGGGCGAAGAUUGUUUUUGGGUCAAUUACUUUUUUAUAAGAUUAUCAAUGGCCUCAUUGACUGCCCUGCGUUAUUGCGAUCUGUCAAUUUUAAUAUCCCAUACAAGUUGCCGCGUCGCCUACGAUACGUUCCAUUUUCACCAAAAGGUGCCAAAAGUAGCUUAGGUCACCACGCCACCAUGAAUCGCUUACAGAGACAGUACAACGUAAUAUCUAAGUCUUACAACAUCGACAUCUUUUCUGACAAGCCGUUGAAAUUUAGACGCAAGCUCGGUCAGUUUCUCGAGUCAAUGGUGUCUGUUUGA